AUGUCGUUUCCCGUUGAUGACGUGCCUCAUCAUCAGAUGGACGAAAUAGUGCGCGAGGCGGAGGAGCUGGACGACGUCGAGCAGGUGGCUUCCCUGGCCUCCAGACACUACAGUUCGUUCUUCUUCAUUUCAUAGUCAUUCUCGAGUUGAAACCGCCUUUUUUCAUCUCAUACUCUCCAGUAGUUUUCCGGUGUUCUGAAUUUCAUUUUUCAGAAUUUCUUUGAACUCAAAUCACUCUGCAUUCAUUUUCUCUAUAGGGCAAAUUUUCUCGCGGUCAUUUUUCAGGAAUGGUUGUCCGACGUCUCCGGGACAUCUACCUGACCAACCCCAACGCCGACUUUUAUAGAAGCGAGGAUUCUGAAGAAGGUAAAAGUUGGAGAAAGUGA